AUGCAUAUCCGAAAAGCCACCAAGUAUCUGAAAUAUGUCACUUUAAAGAAGCAGUGUGUGCCAUUCCGUCAUUACAACGGUGGAGUUGGUAGGUGUGCACAGGCCAAACAGUGGGGCUGGACGCAGGGUCGGUGGCCCAAAAAGAGUGCUGAAUUUUUACUACACAUGCUCAAAAAUGCAGAGAGUAAUGCUGAAUGUAAGGGCUUAGAUGUAGAUUCUCUGGUCAUUGAGCACAUCCAAGUGAACAAAGCCCCCAAGAUGCAGCGCAGGACUUACAGAGCUCACAGUCGGAUCAACCCCUACAUGAGCUGUCCCGGCCACAUUGAGAUGAUCCUUACUGAAAAAGAACAGAUUGUUCCUAAACCAGAGGAAGAGGUUGCACAGAAGAAAAAGAUAUCCCAGAAGAAACUGAAGAAACAAAAACUUAUGGCCUGGGAAUAA